AUGCGCUCCUCCACCUUCAUCGCCGCCGCCUCGGCUCUUGCCGGCCUCGUGUCCGCGCAAAACAGCACCUUCAACACCCCCAUCCAGUGCUGCACCGUUCCUGCCAGCUCGAUCGACCAGGACGACAGGCAGUCAUGGUGCCAAGCCAACCAAAACACCUGUGUUGAGCUUUGCGGCGGUCCCGGCGCGCUUGCCAGCAACGGCAACCAGUGCGAUUCUACCACUCUCGAUUACUCUUGCAAGUGCCGCAACGGUACCGAUGUCACCAGCGUCAUGGACCAGUACCAGCAGACUGUGCCCGGCCAGAUGUGCCUUGUCUGGUACAGCAACUGUAUCUCUGCCUCUGGCACUGACGCGACUUCUCAAUUCGAGUGCGAACAGGCUCGCAACAGCCUGUGCGGCAACAAGACCGUCGAGCAGGCUAGCGAAGCCGGUGGCGCUGCUUCCGGAUCCGCGUCCGCCUCGUCGGGCCCUUCUGCCACCAGCAGCGGCUCGUCCGCCCCGACUGGAGCUUCCGCGUCUGCCAGCGCUGCCUCCCACACCCCUACCACCGGCGCUGCUGCCAACCUUGCCUUGUACAGCACCACUGCUCUUGCCGGUGGCCUCUUCGCCCUCUUCGGAAUGGCCUUGUAA